AUGAAAACCCAGGUGUUUCAGAGAAGGGAAAGCAUUGUCAUUGCCAUGUGCUCUGUGGUCCUGCCUUUGUCUUUCUUGGUACUGAUGGACUUUGCUUUAAGGCCCCAAGCAAGAAUGCCUGCUGGAUAUGGGGGUGCACAGAAAGAAGAGGCUGAUUCCUUGGAAAGGGAUGGGUUGCAGGGUCUAAAACGUCCUCUUCUAUAUAGUCAAGGAGCCUGUGGACUGGACAUGGAAGAAAGCACCCCAGCCCUGACACUGUCUGCACCGGGCAGCCACAGGCUGGGUGCUCCAUCACGCUGCUGCAUCCUCUCCCACCUGUAA